UUUAUCAUGGCGGAGGACGAAGACGGUGUUUCGGAUAAAAAAUCACCCCAAAAUUCGAAUAACGCGGGAUCUUUCCAAGAAAAUCAGCAAAAUGCAGCUAAGCCUGACCUGGGUAUAGAAGAAGCCAAGUAUGACGUGAAGGAGAACGGGGACGCCGUCUCCGCCGAGCCAAUAAGCUCUUCUUCCAAAUCCACUGGCGCAAUGCGUAAGGAGGAGAAUCCGUUUUCGUUUCGGCACUUUUUGAAGCGGGACUUGUCUCUUCCGGGGAAUUCUACGUACGAGAACACGGGGGCCAGACCAAAAGUUUACGCAAAUACAGUUCAGCAUUCUCCGACUAAGAUAGAUAUUCACAGUGACACGAGGCGCGAGAAGAGCCGAUUGAGCGAGACCCAAGCCAAAGAGAAACAAACUGAAGGAAUUUGCCAUCGCAACAGUGACGAUACUUCAUCUAGUAGUUCCGUAGAGAUACCUUUUAGUGUAGUAGAUAAUUCGGAUUCUAAGCAUAAUCUAUACGCUGAUAGUUCAGAGGGGCCGUUCUUCCACAGGCCGAAUUUGGCUUCAGAGCCUUUGGGCAUGCCUUCUUUACCAGACUUUGUUCAAGAUCAUAUCUUAGUGGAGCAGGCGUAUUUGAAUUCGAACGGCCCUAUAUCAGUUGACCUCGAUAAUUUACCUGAUUUUACAUUUAAUACUAGUUAUAACGUGGGUUCUUCUUCAUCAUUGGGAAGAAGGAAUAAAAGUGGAUACGGGAGCAAUAGGGGCUAUGACUAUGACGCAUAUAUGGGUGCAGCAUCAAAUUCUGAGUCCGGGCCAUCAAGUCGUAGCAUUCCCCUGGAUUUACCUUCUGGUGCGGAAGCAGCUGGGCUGAUGCCGUUGGACCUUCCUGUACACUUAAGCUUGGACCUGACAGAGUCUGUGAACCCAGCUGAUAGACGUAAUGUCUCACCGAGGAACAGCUUUCCCUUAGAUCUACCAUCUAAUGCAGGAGUGGAAUCAAUGAGGCUACCGGACUUCCUGCCGGUGCACCCGGGCCGGACGUCCCCGGAGCCCGAGCAUCAGGACGAACAGCUUCAGCAAAUCAUCUCCGAGUUGGAACGAACCAGAUCGGAACUAUUCACGGAGCGCAGUCGACGGUCCCGUGCGGAGGAGGAGGCCAGCUCGAUCCGCGAGGCCGCGUCCCUCCUGCGCGCCGAGGCCGCGGCCGCGCGGGCCUCGGAAGCGGCCCUGCGCGCCCGGCUGCACGAGGCCCGGCUCGCCGACAGGGAGUACGCGGGCCAGCUAGAAGCGGCGACGCAUCGGGUGGAGAACAAUCUCAUGGACACUGCUGCAAGAGCGUCCGAGGCGGAGACGAGCGUUUCCAAAUUAAAAAACGAAAUCAAAAAAUUAAAGGAGGAGUUGGCGGCGUCUCAGGAAGAGGUUCGCUCGCUACGUAACUUGCAGAUCAACGCGGCCACAGAUUUGCGGCACGCCACCUCUGUGGCGGAAACUUCGCUCAGGGAGCUACUGUCGGGCCUCGAGCGGUUACGCUCUCUCAGCUCAACACUGGACCCCACAUGAUGGCCGCCGUAAGCCCGCAGAGCUGCACUAAACUUUUGUAUCGAUGUUUCCCGAACACCGCUAUUUUUAAGAUAAUUUAUUAAAUAUCAUUAUUUACCACGGCA